AUGGCAUCAGAUAUUCCAGGCUCAGUGGCCUUGCCGGUGGCACCAAUGGCAAGUGGACAAGUGAGAAUGGCAGGAUCCAUGCCCUCCAGAGGAGGAAAGCGCCGCUCUGGAAUGGACUUCGAUGAUGAAGAUGGGGAGGGGCCCAGCAAAUUUUCAAGAGAGAAUCAUAGUGAAAUUGAGAGACGCAGGAGAAAUAAGAUGACACAGUACAUCACCGAACUGUCCGACAUGGUACCCACUUGUAGCGCGUUGGCUCGUAAGCCUGACAAGCUGACAAUUCUUCGUAUGGCUGUUUCACACAUGAAAUCAAUGAGGGGCACUGGAAACAAAUCUACUGAUGGAGCUUACAAGCCUUCAUUUCUUACAGAACAGGAACUGAAACAUCUGAUUCUGGAGGCUGCAGAUGGGUUCCUGUUUGUAGUCGCAGCUGAGACGGGAAGAGUGAUCUACGUAUCAGAUUCUGUGACUCCCGUGCUGAACCAGCCACAGUCUGAAUGGUUUGGCAGCACUUUGUACGAACAGGUUCAUCCAGAUGACGUGGAAAAACUGCGAGAACAACUAUGUACAUCUGAAAACUCUAUGACAGGACGAAUCCUCGACUUGAAGACUGGAACAGUAAAGAAGGAGGGUCAGCAGUCCUCAAUGAGAAUGUGCAUGGGAUCAAGGCGCUCUUUCAUUUGCAGGAUGAGGUGUGGAAAUGCUCCUCUGGAUCAUUUACCUCUGAACAGAAUAACCACCAUGAGAAAAAGAUACAGGAAUGGCCUUGGCCCAGUAAAAGAAGGUGAAGCACAGUAUGCCGUUGUCCAUUGCACUGGCUAUAUCAAGGCUUGGCCACCAGCAGGGAUGACUAUACCAGAAGAAGAUGCUGAUGUGGGACAAGGUAGUAAAUAUUGCCUUGUGGCAAUAGGAAGGCUUCAGGUUACUAGCUCUCCAGUGUGCAUGGACAUGAAUGGCAUGUCAGUCCCAACUGAGUUCUUGUCUAGACACAAUUCUGAUGGAGUCAUCACCUUUGUCGACCCAAGGUGCAUCAGCGUCAUUGGCUACCAGCCACAGGAUCUUCUGGGGAAAGAUAUUUUAGAAUUCUGCCAUCCCGAAGAUCAAAGCCAUUUGAGGGAGAGUUUCCAACAGGUUGUGAAACUGAAAGGUCAAGUCCUGUCUGUAAUGUAUCGUUUUCGUACCAAAAACCGGGAAUGGAUGCUGAUCAGAACCAGCAGCUUCACAUUUCAGAAUCCUUAUUCCGAUGAGAUUGAAUACAUCAUCUGCACCAACACUAAUGUAAAACAACUUCAGCAACAGCAAGCAGAACUUGAAGUACAUCAAAGAGAUGGACUGUCAUCCUAUGACUUAUCUCAGGUGCCUGUUCCAAGUAUACCAGCUAACGUUCAUGAGGGUGGAAAGUCUGUGGAAAAGCCUGAUGCUAUCUUCUCUCAGGAGAGAGAUCCUAGAUUUGCUGAGAUGUUUGCUGGAAUCACUGCUUCAGAUAAAAAAAUGAUGGCCUCAGCAUCCACAGCAGGAAACCAGCAGCUUUACUCACAGGGAAGCCCAUUUCAGCCAGGACAUUCAGGAAAGACUUUCAGUUCAUCUGUGGUACAUGUGCCUGGUGUGAACGACAUCCAGUCUUCUUCAUCAACAGGCCAGAAUCUGACACAGAUAUCUCGCCAGCUAAAUCAGAGUCAGGUUGCCUGGACAGGAAAUCGCCCACCGUUUCCAGGACAGCAAAUUCCAUCUCAGUCUGGCAAGGCUCAGUCAUCUCCCUUUGGGAUUGGAACAAGUCACACCUACCCAGCUGAUCCGUCAUCAUACAGCCCCCUUUCCAGCCCAGCCACCUCUUCUCCAAGUGGGAAUGCCUACUCUAGCUUAGCAAACCGAAGUGCAGGGUUUGCUGAAGGUGGCCAGAGCAGCAGCCAGUUCCAGGGGAGACCUUCCGAAGUCUGGUCCCAGUGGCAGAGCCAACAUCACAACCAGCAAAGUGGUGACCAGCAUUCACACCCACAACCCAGUCAGACCGAGGUGUUCCAGGACAUGCUGCCAAUGCCGGGGGAUCCGACGCAGGGUACUGGCAAUUACAACAUUGAAGAUUUUGCUGACCUGGGCAUGUUUCCACCAUUUUCUGAGUAGCUUGUGAAGCAGAAAUGGAAGUUCAUCUCCAAGGCCAUUUCAGUGUAGUUUUGGCUCUGCUUUUUCUGUGUUGCAUUUCUGUAGAAGCUACUAAAGCAGAAGACACAUUCCUCGUGUUCCAGAUAGUGCUAUAAGGCUUGCUCUCUCCUCCUUGGGGUGCGCCAGUGCCGACAGGGGAGCUCCAGCACUUGUUAGUGUUCAUUGACAGCUCCAUUUUCUUUUUUUCUUUUUCUUAUCAUCUACCUCAGAGAUUAAAAACUUUGCUUGAUUUAAAGAAAAAUAUCUCUGAGUCUUAAAUAUUUGAAUGUGAAUGAUACCUAAUAUUUCCUUUGAAUGGUAAUU